AUGUCUAAUCAGUCUGGAAUAACUGCCAACGAGGCAUUGCUAUCUCGGAUUGGCUCAUUGAUCAAUGACAGCUCUAGCGGCGACGUGGUUGUUGCAGAAAUCUCUGCUGACAACACUACUGUUGAUCUACACAUUGUUCUGUCCAGCUUGGACGAGUUGCAGAAGUAUGCCUCUCAGAACAACAAACCUCAGUAUUUCUUCAUACGCCAAGGCUCCGGCAUUGUAUUCGUUUCGUAUGUCCCAGAAUCGUCCCCUGUGCGUUCCAAAAUGUUGUACGCUUCGACAAAAAACACGGUCCUGAGACAAAUCGGUACAAACCACGUCUCGCAACAGUUGUUAUUAUCAUUGCCUGAAGAAUUGGUUGCAAAAUCUUGGGAAAAUGCUUCUCGAGAAGAUGCUCCUUUAACUGCCUCGGAGCAAAUCAGCAAUAACAUUUCGGAACAACAGCAAUUGGAACACACUAGACGUGGCCAACAACUCGUUUCCCAAACUGGCGGUACCUCACAUACCCUUUCUUUCAAAAUAUCAAGUGGAGAACCUAUUCCAACGCUUCUAGAAAAAAACAAUCUUGUCAUCUUCACAAUUGAUCUCACCAAAGAGCAAGUGGAAGUAAAGGAAACUAGACAGGUAUCCCAGACAUCCGAACUCGUAUCCCAUCUCAACAGCGAACAUCCCACGUACAACGUUUACAAAAAUCAGGGAAAGUUAUAUUUUAUCUAUAGCUGCCCCUCUGGUAGCAAAGUGAAAGAACGUAUGUUGUACGCUUCCAACAAGACCGGAUUUAUCGAACAUCUGACCGAAGUGGACAAGUUGAAGCUUGAGUCUGUCUCAGAAAUCGGAGAUUCCUCCGAGCUGGACCUAUCAAAACUAGAUCACGCGGAGUCCGCAGUGCAGGACACUUCAAACUCAGCGUCCAGUCAACUCAAAUUUAACAGACCAAAGAGGCCCGGUAGAAGAGCUUGA